GAGAAACAGAGAGAGAGAGAGAGCAAGACUGAAACAGAGAAACAGAGAGAGAGAGAGAGAGAGAGAGAGAGAGAGAGAGACUGUAGCCAACAUUACAGAAGAUAUGUGUGUUGUCUUUUUUUAAUCACACAUCUAAAAAGGAAGUGUUGUGUUUCAGAUAGCUUAAACACACACACACAGCAGCUGCUACUUCUCCUGGCUCUCUGUACCCUCAGCCAGUCUGUUGUUGACCUCUCAGUGAGCAUGUCGGGUAGUGUUAGUGUUUGGAGGGUAGUGAGCUGGAUGGUGCUGGGCAUGGUUCUGGGGCUCAGUGGUGGGGGCUCAGCCCUGAAGAUCUGUACCUUCAACAUCCAGUCCUUUGGAGAGAAGAAAAUAGAGAAGCCAGAGGUGGUUGAUGUCAUAUUGGCUCUGAUCGCUCGCUGUGACAUCAUGCUGGUGAUGGAGAUUAAAGAUCUCAGUGCGAAGGCUUUCCCUCAGCUCAUGACUCAACUCAACAGUGACUACAGCUCCAGGAAGAAUGAGUAUAACUAUGUGAUCAGUGACAGACUGGGACGUAAGUCCUACAAGGAGCAGUACGCCUUUAUCUACAGACAGAGGCUGGUGUCAGUGAAGGAAGUGUACCAGUACCCUGACACCCAACCUGGAGAUGAGGAUGCCUUCUCCAGGGAACCUUUCAUCGUCUGGUUCUCUUCCCCCAAAACAGCCGUCCAGGACUUUGUGAUCAUCCCGAUCCACACCACUCCAGAGACGUCCGUCAGGGAGAUAAAUGAACUGUAUGAUGUGUUCCAAGAUGUCAAACAACGAUGGACCUCAAAGAAUGUGAUCAUCAUGGGCGACUUCAAUGCGGCCUGCGGCUACGUACCCAAGAAGCAGUGGAGCAGCAUCCGCCUGCGGUCUGACAGCAGCUUCCUGUGGCUGACGGGUGACACCAUCGACACCACCGUCAAGGAGUCCACAGACUGUGCCUAUGACAGGGUUGUCCUCCACGGGGACAAGAUGAUCCAGGCAGUCAACCCAACCUCUCUGGAUGUGUUUGACUUCAGACGGGCCUACGGACUAACCGAGCUACAGGCCCUGGCGGUGAGUGACCACUACCCAGUGUGCAUCACUGUGAAGGCCGCUCCGAGGAAUAAGGGUUAACGUCUUGUCCUCAUAAUGGUACCGUCCUGAAGACGUCUCGGUGUCCCGCGGGUGGUCUGUGUGCGUCCUGCAGUGUUUGCUUUGCUACAGUCCAGAGCCAAUUAAUCCCAGAAGCAUGGUCACUGAGCUGCACUGUGUGCUUCACCGUUAUUAUAGUUUUGUGUUUUAUAUUCGUUUUUCUAUAUUCGUUUUUUCAUUUCUAUUUGGUUUUUGAUAUGGUUUAGUUUUAGUGUUAGCCUGGGUGGCUAAUAGCUAGGAGGCAUGUAUGUGUUGUAGGUUGUAUUUCUAGUAGUCUCAGACCUAGAUUAUAGAUUAUUACAGAUUGCAUUACAGAUUAGAUUAUUACAGACCUAGACCCAGAGCAACAGACCUAGACCCAGAGCAACAGACCUAUAGCAACAGACCUAGAGCAACAGACCUAUAGCAACAGACCCAGAGCAACAGACCUAUAGCAACAGACCUAGACCCAGAGCAACAGACCUAGACCCAGAGCAACAGACCUAGACCCAGAGCAACAGACCUAGACCCAGAGCAACAGACCUAGACCCAGAGCAACAGACCUAUAGCAACAGACCUAGACCCAGAGCAACAGACCUAGACCCAGAGCAACAGACCCAGAGCAACAGACCCAGAGCAACAGACCCAGAGCAUUUCACCUUUAUUUAACCAGGUAGGCCAGUUGAGAACAAGAUCUCAUUUACAAUUACGACCUGGCCAAGAUAAAGCAAAGCAGUUCGACACAUAAAACAACACAGAGUUACACAUGGAGUAAAACAAACAUACAGUCAAUAAUACAGUAGAAACAAGUAGUGAAGCUAGGCCUAUUGAAACAGACGUAUAACAGCAGCACUAUGUCUGGGGAGGAUGUCUAGGCCUAUUGAAACUUGACCAUCUCCUGACAGCAUUUACCUGACAGAUUCAGAAGCUUGAAAAACCCAUUAGAAUUUUUUUCUAAAACUAAACAAAGUGGGUUUUUAUUUAGUUUAGUUUUGGAAUCAAAAAUAAUAGUUUCAGUACAGUUUUAGUUUUUAAAUUAUAUAUAUAUAUAUAUUUUUAUAAAUCUUUUUUUCAUGAUUAGUUUUAGUUUACUAUAAUACCGUUGGCGUACUUUGCUUCAGCCAGCACUCAGAGGUUAAUGUGUGUGUUUCCUUGUUGCUAGGCGACCAGCUGUGCCUGUGACCAGCUCAUUUGAAGCAUCUUGCUUUUCUUCUCCCGAUGCUUUGUUUACUGCAUCACAUGGCACAUGGUUAUAUCCUAUAUCAGAGAAUAUAUUUGGUAUAUUCUAUAUCAGAGAAUAUAUUUGGUAUAUCCUAUAUCAGAGAAUAUAUUUGGUAUAUCCUAUAUCAGAGAAUAUAUUUGGUAUAUCCUAUAUCAGAGAAUAUAUUUGGUAUAUCCUAUAUCAGAGAAUAUAUUUGGUAUAUUCUAUAUCAGAGAAUAUAUUUGGUAUAUUCUAUAUCAGAGAAUAUAUUUGGUAUAUUCUAUAUCAGAGAAUAUAUUUGGUAUAUUCUAUAUCAGAGAAUAUAUUUGGUAUAUUCUAUAUCAGAGAAUAUAUUUGGUAUAUCCUAUAUCAGAUAAUAUAUUUGGUAUAAUCUAUAUCAGAGAAUAUAUUUGGUAUAUUCUAUAUCAGAGAAUAUAUUUGGUAUAUUCUAUAUCAGAGAAUAUAUUUGGUAUAUUCUAUAUCAGAGAAUAUAUUUGGUAUAUUCUAUAUCAGAGAAUAUAUUUGGUAUAUUCUAUAUCAGAGAAUAUAUUUGGUAUAUCCUAUAUCAGAGAAUAUAUUUGGUAUAUUCUAUAUCAGAGAAUAUAUUUGGUAUAUCCUAUAUCAGAGAAUAUAUUUGGUAUAUCCUAUAUCAGAAAAUAUAUUUGGUAUAUCCUAUAUCAGAGAAUAUAUUUGGUAUAUUCUAUAUCAGAGAAUAUAUUUGGUAUAUCCUAUAUCAGAGAAUAUAUUUGGUAUAUCCUAUAUCAGAGAAUAUAUUUGGUAUAUUCUAUAUCAGAGAAUAUAUUUGGUAUAUCCUAUAUCAGAGAAUAUAUUUGGUAUAUCCUAUAUCAGAGAAUAAAUUUGGUAUAUCCUAUAUCAGAGAAUAUAUUUGGUAUAUCCUAUAUCAGAGAAUAUAUUUGGUAUUUCCUAUAUCAGAGAAUAAAUUUGGUACUUCCUAUAUCAGAGAAUAUAUUUUGUAUUUCCUAUAUCCACCAUAAUUUGCAAAUAAAUUCAUUAAAAAUCCUA